AUGAAGACGUUGGAGGAUGGUAGUACGUCAGCUAAAAUUACUGGGAAAGAAAAUAUUAAGAAACUUAGCGAACUUGCAAAUUUGCCAUCUGGCACCGGUGAGCAGAAGAAAGAGGCGUUCAAAAAGUUGUCUGAAAAUUUCAACUCAUUUUGGAAGCCAAUCAACGAAUACAUUGUCCAAGAAAUCAAAAGAGAACAUAAAGAAAUCAUGCUACAAAGAAAUCCACCAGUUCAAGUCGGCGACAGGGAUCCACAUCAUUAUGCCGACAAUCUUGCCAAAGUUCAACAAAAAUUGGAUGACCUUCUUAACCAUCUUAAAAAUGUCCCUGAUGAUAGAAAAUACCUCUAUGAUAAUAAAUUCACCUCCCUCCUCACCACCCUCUCCUCCUCCCUCCACCUCCUCACCCCCUCCCACUUCGCCAACCCCCGGCACCCGGAGCUGCUCGAUGCGGUCAGAGCGGGGCUGGAGGGGUUUGUCGAGCAGAUGGAGCGGGUGUAUGUGAACGGGUAUGAUGGGCAUGAGGAGAGCAUUAAUAUUGAUAAAUUAGUUAUAGAUGGAAGUAAUAACGACAAGAAAUUGACGGAUGACGGCCGAAAUUUGUCGAAGGUAUUUUUGACCAUCAUGAACACUAUUUACGACGAUCUUCACAAAUUGCAUUUCGAGUGCGAGCAUUACUGGAAAGAUAACAAACUUUGCGAAACACAAAAGGAGAAAGACAAUCCGCUCGGUUUAUACCUUAAACGAUGUGGUUACACAGUCGCCAAGAAAGAGACAUCCAAGGACGGCGAAUCGCAAUGUAAGACAGGUGUCACUGGUGGAGUAAUAUUCAGUAAGCUUGUAGCAACCACUGCAAGCACAUCCGGUACGUACAAACUUAUUGAUAUCACCGAAAGUAUUGCAACUCACCUCAACAACUACAACGACGUAUGCCACCUAUCCACAUUAACAUCUAAAAGGCACCCAUGUUCAGUCUACGAAAUGCUCUGUUGGCUGACCGGACUCCCGCAUAAUCCGGCAUAUUUGUCGUUGCGCGCUGACGCUCUACCGUCAUUGAUGCAGUCAGAUAAGCCAACGACGGAUAAGGAUGACGACAUCGACAUAGACUUCUAUGACCACACGUCGCUAUACAUUGAUACCUACCCCAAAAGGACAACAUACAGCGAUAUCGAUACGCUGAUAGAAUACCUGUGCUCUCGAUCAUAUGAUGUAAUAACGUGUAUCGCUGGCACUGGAGACGCUGAAACGGUCUAUGGCAGUGACUUUUGCAACAACGCCAUAAGAUUGCAUUAUCCGCAAAACGGUAGCGAUUGUCUUGACAUGUUGCUCGACAUUCUGCGUCGAUUGUUCUUACCGCUUAAAUUCUUGCAGCGGCAGUGCGGCGUAAGCGUAUUGUACAAUGGUUGGCGCCAAUGUUACUACGGUAGAGACGUCUCCACAGCCAACUGGCCGUGCAAAGAGCAUUCUAGGUCAGAACCUAAGUGCGAGUCAAAUUGUCAAGCAAAGUGCGAACCAAAUUGCCAAGCAAAAUCACCACUAAUGAGCUACCUAAACGACUGUCUCCCGGGUCAUUUACCGCAUCAGCUGACCAAAAUAGGUUGCAAAGUUGAGUGCUCCACGUGCAGUGCUAGCAAACCAGGAAUGCCUUGCUUGACUCCCCUAGGUUUCAAAGGUUUUUCAGGAAGCAAACGUGCAGGUACAGACAUAUGUGACGUCCUUGAUAAAUGGUUCAAUAUACACCAUUUCAAAGACAUAUUCUGCCUCAAUACAAAGACGCCUUCAUCGUUACCAGAACACUUCGGUUUUGCUUUGUCUCUUGCUAAGAACCUUAAUGAUAGCUACACGACGCAAAGCAAUAGCAUGGAAACCGUUAAUGAUAAGUUCAAAGGCGCCAUGAAAAGUGUGUCUAUGAAGCUGUAUUCCGAUCCAUCCAAACUUACGCAAGCUGUGACAAACGCAUAUGGCGCGACGUCAAUUAGACAUUCCGAUUGCAGUCAACAUCUCAUGAACCUUACACGUGAUGGAAUAUGCGCGGAUGCAGGAGUGUACUGCGCUCCGUUCCUCUACUCACUAUGCAGCGAUUACUGUACCUACCGCCGUAGAAAGCAUGCUGGCACAUACCUUUCCUGGGCAGUGUACCUACCAUGGAACCUAUGGAACUAUCUAAGAAGUCUUUACGACGAAUUCUGUGAUAUUGUAUGCAAGAACUGGGGAUGCCGGUCGUGUUUGAACAGCGAUACCUGCAAGCCUGGAGAGCAUGGCAUUUUGGACAAGUCGUGCAAAUGUUCCACUGUUGUAGACUGCGGAGGUGUGUCCCCUACCCUUUACAAAUACGGCUUCGUAUUCGGCAACGCUGGAAACCUGAAGGUACACAAAAACACAUGUUUCCAAUUGCGUACUCAAUUAAUGAAUGUUUUAAAAUCAUCAUAUUUCACUGACCUGUUCAACGAGUGCGACGAAUUCAUAUUCACCAUCCGCGCUCCCUUCUUCUGGACCACCGUAGCCCUCUGGCUCCUGUCUCUGUUGUACCUCAUCCACAUCAUGGUCAUCCGCCUCGACCUGCUCCACAUCAAAUCGCAUUUGCAUAGUCCCUCGAGUCAUCGUAUAGCUGCUCAAUCACUACUCGCCGCUGCACGUGUUAACAAGCUUAACAGGGUGUUUUAUCUGCAGCCUUAA